UUUAUUAAACAUAUCUUUCAAAGUAGUCAAUAUUAAAGCAAUAUCUCGGCUAAAUAAAACAAUAUCUCUGACUAGAUGAAUCUGUUUUUUUCGAAAGCAAAAUUGUAUUUACUCAUCACAUGCAGUCCGGGUUGGGCUAGUUAUGAAGCUAAUCCUGAGAUGAGAAGGGACGGAAAUAUAUUUUUAUUGUUUUAUUGUUGUUUUAUUUAAUGUAACUUUAUGUAAUAUUUUCAGCUUCUUAAAAGCAGCAUUGAAUGAACGCGUACGGUAGUGUGUCUAAACGGACUCCUAUUGUCUGAAGAUGCUUGGUGUCCGAUCUUUUGCCUAUUUUACACCGUGGAGCAUGCUGAGAAUCACUCUACAAGCAAGCCAAAAUCCAUGCCCUUAUGACUAUUCUAUACCAAGGUUGUAUAGCUGCUACACACUACAUACAAACAGGUGUCAAAAUAGGAAACAUGCACAUUUCCAUCGUCCUUGUGAGAGAGUACUUGUGUUGCAGUCAUUUGAGCACCAGCGAGCUACAUUUUUUCAGGACAAUAGCCAAAGCCCUCCAAAGUCUAGUUUCUCAGCCAGGAUAAAGCUUAGAACCCGACUGGCCAUGACAUUGCUUGUUGGAGGUGCUAUAAUUGGCACCUGGUUGUAUGUGCAUGAGGAAAAGCAGCAGAAGCUGCAGAUGCAGCGGAUAGAGCAGUUGAGGAAAGUGGCCAUAGGUCAGGGAGACUUCUGCUUGCUGGACCACACUGGUCAGCGACGGACCAAAAAGGACUUCCUGGGGCAAUGGGUGCUUUUAUAUUUCGGCUUCACACACUGCCCUGAUAUCUGCCCUGAUGAGCUGGAAAAGAUGAGCAGUGUGGUAAAGCUGCUAGAUGAGUCAAACCUGCCCACUAUGCAGCCAUUGUUUAUAACCGUUGAUCCUGAAAGGGAUGAUGUGGCUGCUAUGGCUAAGUACAUCAGAGAUUUUCAUCCACGGCUGAUCGGAUUGACUGGGACACCUGAAGAGGUAAAGGAAGCCGGAAGGGCUUACCGGGUUUACGCGAGUGCUGGACCCAAGGACGAAGACGGAGACUAUAUUGUGGACCACACCAUCCUUAUAUACCUCAUUAGUCCAGAUGGCCUUUUCCUGGACUAUUACAACCGAAUGAAAAAUGCCACGCAGAUUGCUGAAAGCAUCCGUCAACACAUGAAGAAUUAUAUGAAGUUAUUCCCUGUCUGACCGUAUUUCUAGUACAGGGAGAUUUCAUAACAUAUUGCAAAAUGAUUUUUUUUUAAAAUUGAUAUUAAAAUAAUGUAAGUUUGUUUGUGGCUUUAAUUGAGGUUCUAUAAGAUCUCAAAAAGGUUUAUCCAAAUGAUCCAAA